CAUUCACAGCAUCGUGGUUUAGCCGAGGCACAAGUUAAAGCUACUUCUAUGACCAAUCAAAGUCUCCCCAUACUAUUCAUUAACAUUGGAAAGCCAACACCUGUAUUCAACAGCCAUAUCCUGUUGCUGCUAGGUCACGCAUAUAUUAAAUCAACUCUUCAUCAGCUCAGAGGAUGCCAGCUUGUGACGUUUAUCUUUUAAGCUUGAAGGAAAGGUCAACAAUUCCUUUAUUCAUUUCAUCACUCAAGCACCAUGGCAUAGUGCCCAUUGUCCAAAGUCGGCCCCUCAGAUGGAUUAUUCUGCCGUCGCGGAUAUCGACUGUACCUCUUCUUGCGCACAACAUCCAUUGGAAUCUCUUCCUCGUCCUUCCAGGAAACACAGAAUUCAGCCCUCUUAUUGAGGCACACAUCGCUGCUUCAUGGAAAGUUGUAGCUGGCGUGCCAUCAAAGUUGCUGCAAGACUUUUCGGAGAAAAACGAGCGGCUCUUGAAUCCCGACUCCGUUAAACCACCAGACAAUACCAGACGCAAGAUUGCAUCUUCGAGCCAGUCUCUUGAGUUGUCUCCCGAACUUGAGACAUGGAUAUCCGACCUCCCCGCUAGAGUUCGAACUCAUCCAGUCUCGAUGUUUAACCUUUUGGCUUUCAACGAAGGCAAGAAGUCUGACUAUCUGAAAUAUGGCAAAGCCUUUGGUGAGAGCAUAGGCUCUCGACACGGUGGAAAUGCUAAAAUCGUUGGCAACGUCAUCGGUGGGCAAGGCAAGGGAGACGGAUGGGAUGAAAUCGCUCUGGCUCACUAUCCAUCAAUUGAGCACUUUGCUGCUAUGUUAGGCUCUUCGGAUUAUCAAGAAGUCAAUCACAAGUAUCGUCUCGGAGCUUUGAAAGACACUUGCAUUUUGUGCACAAUGGAGAUCAAUGAUAACGGUGAUCUUGCAGGAGGUAAAAAGCCCAACAGGUUGUAAGCUAAGGAUUCAUACUUUGUGCUCUGCUCUUCUCUUCUAAGUAUGAUGAGAAUGGUCUCGGAACUUGGCCUGAGGAGCUCGCGACUGCAACCUUCGUGAUUUAUCUUUCGUUCUUGAAUCUUCGUAAAGUAUGACGAACUGCAUGUAUAUGCCACUAAGACCAAAUUGUGUAAUGUUGCGGAGAUGUAAAUACACGCACGUUCCAGCCUCAUAAAACUGCCCCCAAGGCUAUGCUGUAACCUUAAAGUGGAUGCGUCUAAAGAGAAAAGUAGAGCAAGAUGCAAGGCCAGAACUACAAGUCGACAUACAUCUCCACGAGGCGUAAUUAAUUUUGUGCUCUGCCU